CGACUGAUGGCUCACCCAUUUCCUCAUAAACGACGUACUCAGCUUGCUACUUGUGCAAUGCGACUAUGGCACUGUGGCACUCUCCCUUCACAAACCCCUUUGAUGUUGUAACAGCUUCUUAGCUCAUUUUGUUCUCAACAAGUUGUCUUGGAUCUCUACUCAGGAUUCCUUAAGAAACAUUAAGGAAAUAAAUUCUUAGCCAACCCUAUUCGGGACCUGACACGUCGUAACUUCAUCUCAUAAUGCGUCCAGACCUUGAACUACGUUCUCCAUAUCUUGACUGCUGACGCCUCUACUCGAAAUCCCUGACAUAGAUGUCCGUAGUGAAUGUUUGACUUGCUUAAUGGCUUACUCAUAGUUCGGUUCCUAGGUAUUGCUUCUUCCCCUUUGUAGACCUCACUAUUAUCCUCUUGGUAACUCCACUUAAUACACAAACUUGAUGCCUGAUUCACCAUAUAUGGUGUUCUAAGAGUUUUUUCUCUCGGCUGCUGCAACUUAGGGUUUAUAAGCAAGGGUUUCGUGUGUCUUGGGUAAUGGGAACCGAGUGGGGGUUAGGCUUAGGGUUUAAAUAGCCCAAGGGUAUUUUGGAGAAAUUUCAUAAUUACUAGUGAGUUUAAUGGAAACUCAGUUAACGUCAGUAAUUUUCUCGUUUUAUGUCAAAACUCGACACCAUUUGAACCAAAAGUUCACAUUUUUAGUCCUCAUCGAUAUUACGGUGGAAUUUGAAAAAAAAUUACCAAGGGAAUGAUUGUCAUUUUGGCUUAAGAAAAGAAUGGGGUGUAACAUUUCUCCCCCGUUGGAAAUUUUUUGUCCCCGAAAUGGGAAUUGAAUGAAACUGCCUUGGCUGGGACGUAAUAUUUCCCUCCCCCUUAAGAAUUUGGUCCCCAAAAUUGGAAUUGAAUGAAACCACUUGCCUACCGUGGCCAUUGAGAAUCUCACUCCUUAUGAACGUAUCUUUGGGCGUCCUCCCUCAUAUACCCAUCUUCAGACUUUUGGUUGAUUUGCCUAUGCCAAAGACACAUCUUCUCUCUGGGACAAGUUUGGUGAAAGGGGGAGACAUUGUCUUUUCCUUGGCUAUCUCGCUUCACAUAAAGGGUACAGGGUAAUGGAGUUAUGCUCUCAUCGCAUUUUCACUUCUCCUAAAGUCGUCUUUUGCCAGCACAAGUUUUCUUUCUCAGCUCUUUUGUGCAUCCUUCCGUGGCUCCAGCUCCGCAACGUGAUCCCUUGGAUGAUGAUGAUGAUGAUGGACUUUUUAUCUUCCGAGUCUUCCCCAGAACCUGCCAACGACGCCUCCGUUCAACCUAGUUCUUUCAACGUUGUUGCCAUCACUGACUACACCUCACCACCAUCGCCAGCUGCCUUGGCUCCUCCUGUCAUACAUCGUAGCAACCGGAUUUGCCAUCCGCCUCGACAUCUCGUUGACACUUAUGAAGUCGACCUUCCUUCUUUUCAUACCCUUCAUGUUUCCUCCUUCAAAUAUCCCCUUGAAGUUGUUGUUAAUUAUGCUUGGUUGUCCCCUAACCACCGUGCUUACAUUGCCACGAUUUCUCGAGAGGUUGAGUCUCAAUCCUUUAAGGAAGCAAUUCAUCAUGCUCACUGGCGUGCGGGCAAGCAGAAGUAAAUAUAUGUUCUUGAAGCUAAUGGUACUUGGAUCUUGCAACAUUUACCAUUUGGUAAAUGUCUCAUCGAUGCCAAGUGGGUUUAUUGGAUUAAGUACAAUCAUGAUGGUAUGGUCAAAAGGUAUAAAGCUUGUUUAGUGGCAAAGGGAUACACACAAGUUGAGGGCGUUCAUUUUCACGACACCUUCCCUUCUGUCGCAAUGCUCAUCACAGUUUGUUGCACACUUCUCCUUAUUGCGGCACAAGGAUGGUUUCUUCACCAAUUGGAUGUCAACAACGCAUUCCUCCAUGGUGACUUAGAUGAUGAGGUUUAUAUGUGGAUCCUUGAUGGAUUUGGUCAAUCCGGGGAAACCAGAGUAUGUCGUCUUCGCAAAUCCCUUUACGAAUUGACGUAGGCUUCGAGGAACUCGUACGCAAAGUUUACCCAAGCCAUUGUUAGUUUUGGCUUUGUAGCCUCGCUACCAGACCAUUGAUUAUUUAUAUAUCAUCAUCGAGACAUUUUGUGUUUUCACUUAUCUAUGUGGAUGAUGUUAUACUGGGAUUUAAGUCCCUAACCGUCAUUGAGAAAGUGAAGACGUAUCUCCAUAAUAGUUAGUUCAGCAUAAGAACCUUGUCGCUUUGAAGUAUUUCCUAGGCAUUGAAGUAUCUCAUUCGUCAAAAGGAAUCAUUCUCACACAACGCAAUUAUGCAUUGGAGAUUCUCGGAGACGCUUCCGUUGAGGAUGCUCGUCCAUGCAAGUUCCUCAUAGAGCAGAAUCAUCAUGUGACUCGUGUAGACGAACCAGCCAACGUUGAUGCUUCUGCUUAUCAUCGUCUAAUGGGUCGAUUACUUUAUCUCAACGUAACACAACCAGAGAUCACAUACGCGAUUAACAUCUUGAGUUAGGUAGUGCACAAUCUGCAGCAGACUCACCUUGAUGCAACUAACCGAGUUCUCCGAUAUUUGAAGAGUGCGCACGGUCAAGGCCUUUUUCUUCCAUCUGCUGUUAGUUGGAAUUGACUGCCUUCUAUCAUGCAGAUUGGGGAGGCUGUGAGCAAACCAGACAAUCUACUACAAGUUAUUUCAUACAGUUAGGAUCUGCAGCAGUGUCUUGGAGAACUAAGAAACAAACGAUGGACUAAAUCCUCGGUUGGGGUUGAAUAUCGGGCAAUGGCUAGUAUUGUGAGUGUGUUGAUUUGGCUUCACUGGUUAUUAGCGGAACUCGGCGCUUAACAGUCGAACUGUCGAAGGCCACGGUUAUGCAUUGUGAUAAUCAGGUUGCAUUGCAUAUUGCAGCUAACUCAAUACUCCAUGAGUGUACUAAGCACGUGGAAAUUGAUUGUUAUUUUGUACGUGACUCCGGGGUUGUUUUCACCUAUUAUAAUAUGAAACACGCUGAAACACAGGAAACCUAGCUUAAAAUCACCCCUUUUGCAACAAACAUAUGGUCAGAAACACAGGAAAUUGCAACAAACAUAUAAAAGAAACGGGGAUAAAAAGU